UCUAUUCACAUACUGGAUACGCGCGAGAAAAGAGGAACAUCAUCAUUAUUAUCUGUUCAACUCGAGCAGCGAGAACUGGCAGAGGUGACCGAAAACCAGGCACGACUUUCGAACGCUGGACCAGGUGCUGACCAUUUGGCACGGGGCGUGAGUUAGACUGUGCGUCGCAGCACCGGACCCUGGGACCUUCCGAAAACUCCUCGUUUGGCCGUUGCGUUCGUGUAACAGGGUUUGUGUCAUUCGCACCACCUAGACAAUGGAUUCAUCUGAAUCGGAUGGAUACAGUGACAGCCCAGCGCACUCGCCGGCCGCGCCAAGUUCUAACAGGAGUACGACAUGGCGUACGGAUAUGCCGAUUGAACCGGCCGCCUACUCUGUGGAAAACUUCGAACCCAGGCCUCCAGAGGAGCUCGUGUGCACCGUAUGCCGUGGUGUGUACCGGGACCCCGUGGAAUGUCCCUGUCGCCACGUGUUCUGUUACAACUGCAUCCGCGACUGGCUGGCCCGUGGCUCGAGUCCCGGAUCUGGCAGCUGCCCCAUGUGUCGCCAAGACAUUUCCGCGUCCCAGGUUGUACCCGUGGUUCCUCUUGUGACAAACAUGAUCGCCCGUCUCAUGGUGCGCUGCCCCAACAGAGAAACAGGCUGCGAAGCAAAGGUGGCUAUGGAAUCGCUGAACUGUCACCUGGAUACUUGCCAGUUCCGCCAAGUGCAGUGCUCGGACUGCGCUGCCCCGAUGGCGGCAUCUGAGUUGUUCAGGCACCAACGCGAGAGCUGCUCCAAGCGGAUGGUGCGCUGCAGGCGCGACUGCGGCUUGAGCCUGCGCGCCGACACAGAGCGUGACCACGACUGCGUCCGCCAGAUGCGUGACUACAUCACCACGCUGGAAGGCACGCUGGACAUUCUGCGCCAGCAGAUGGAGUACACGCUGCAGCAGCUGUCGCACGUGAACCGCCAGAUGCGGCACAUCACUGCCCGAAUGGAGGCCUUCUCGGCGCGCGAGCCUGAAGAGCCCGAAGCUCCCGCUACACCAAGGUCACCCGUAUUGGGCCCGUUGCGCUGUAGUCAACAACAGGGAAAGCACCUGCCUGGGCGGAGCUUGUUCGAAAGCGGAACGGGCACCAGCGCCAGUGGGCCAUCGUCCAUCAAACACACCGCUCGCUCCUCCGUGUCUCCUUCACACAAGCACCGGUGGGAAGUUCCAACCGCUCCUGCCUUCUGUCCUAUUCAGCGAGAGCAAAACAAAGUGACACGACAGAGCACGCCGCCAUUCGAGUUGUUUUCAGAUCACGACCUCACGGCCAACGUCAUUCACGGCGCUGACAGGUGCCGCGGCCAGUCGCGCUUCGGAAUUUACAUGCCACCGGAAACCGGUCACCUCAACGAAGCAGCAUUCGUUCCGUUCACAGAGCCUCUCUCAAACGCAAGCUCAUCUGACCGUUGUUCAGGCCAACAGCCUCCUGUGUUCACAUUCGGUGAGGAAAAUACAUCUGAGCCACCGUUGACACCGAACAUGUCUUCCGCUACUUUUCGGAUGGCGCCCCUGGAAUCAGCCAUGUCUAUACGGCUUCGCGAGGUCACUGUCUCGGAACUCGUAGCUGGUGCUGACCCGCCGACUGUGUCACUAUCUGCGUCAGCGAACACGACCGCGCCAGGCGGGGCACAGACAUCGACCUCCAUAAUGGAUCUGACCACCGAACUGGCAUCGGAACUCCGUCUAAACCAAACUGCUUCCGGUUCCGGAGUCACUGGUGGAUGGCAGACAAUUACCCCUGACAGCUUCGCGAUGCAGGCCGACGAUUUAACUGCUAGCUUUCACACGAUGCCAUCCGCUCACGUGACCCAGGCAAACCCCGACGACACCGGCAUCUUGUACGGCCAAUUCAACGGUGGUGAUGGCUACUUCUCAAGCUUCAUGCAACGAAUGAGAGAAAACGAUGGACAAGACGACGAUAGCGACUCAACGUAUGAUGGGUGACGCACCCGGAUGCGACUUUAUUAUGGUGCCUGCCAAACGGGCUGUGUGGGACAUUUUUUUCUUUUUUCAAAAUAAACUUCCUCCUCA